AAUACAACUUUGACACUACAUGCUAUUAAAAGAACCAAAAGGGUCCUCAAAAGGCCAAAAAAACAGAACAUUGUGACAGCCAGAGUGUUCCAGAGAGAGUUUGUUGAACUGUGGAGAAGGGUAACUGUAAGCAAGCAAAAGAGUUAUUGAUGGAAGGGAUGAAGAGGGUGCUAUCACCACCCAUGCUGCUUCUCUUUGUAGCAUUCACCAUUCUUGUGCUGUUGCCAGAAGAAGCUUCUGCUACAAAGUGGACUGUUGGAAACAACAAGUUUUGGAACCCCAAUGUUAACUACACUGAAUGGACCAAAGGCAAACAUUUCUACCUUGAUGACUGGCUCUUUUUUGUGUAUGACAGGAACCAGAUGAGUGUGCUGGAAGUGAACAAGACAGAUUAUGAAAGUUGCAACUCUGAUCAUCCACUUGUGAACUGGACUAGGGGAGCUGGAAGAGAUGUGGUUCCACUGAAUGUGACCAAAACUUACUAUCUCAUCAGUGGCAAAGGUUUCUGCUUUAGUGGCAUGAAGGUAGCAGUUCAUGUUGAAAAGCUACCACCUCCACCAAAGGCUUCCCCUAUAAAGUCAGGGGCACCAACCCUUUACUCUAGAGGCCACAUUUUUCUCAUGCCUCUUGUUUUUGCCGUUGGAGCAGCAUGGGAUGCAUUCAUUCAUUUCUGGUAAUGAUACAUACUACCACACACCACCAUUGAACAACACUAAUGGAUAAGUGUUCAUGUUGUGUUACAAUCUUUUUUCUUCAAAGGUAAUUGUUGGUUGCAUUGUGAUAUUAGUUGUUGGCCUCAAAUUGAUCAAAGGGUGAUGUUUCUCGAGUUAGGUAGUGGUUGUGUUUGAUUUUCAAAAUGUGGUGUAUUUCUGCAUGUUAUUGAUCAGAAAUAUGUCACAAACUUGUUUAAAUUAAUUUGAUUUAUUGGAGAAUUCAAAUGCGGGAAUUGCGGGAAUGUGAUGUUGUGCUUUUGGACUGGUAGGACCUUGUCCAUGUGCGUGUAGCAUCACUGCAGUUUACUUUCCAUUAAUUUUCGUGUUUCUCUUUGGAUCUCUAAAACAUCAUUUGAACGUACAGUUAUGAGCAUUCAUAUGUAAACUUCAUAAAAGGUAGAGUUUAAUUUGUUA